CCUAUUGGCCGGUCUGCGGACUUCCCACAGACAGUUGUAUGUUUCAUAAAAAUGCACUCUGAUGCGGCAAAUUUUCAGCUGAAUUCCCACUUGACUACACUGGCCAGCAUCCAUAAGAUCCACCACACCUUGCACAGGCUGAACUUGGCAGAAGACGUUGGACAGGACAGCCACCCCUCAGCUUGUUGCUCUAAAGCCAUGCCUCCUAGGAAAAAGAGGAGACCCUCUGCUGGAGAUGACAUGUCAGCCAAGAAAAGUCGCCAGGACAGCGUUUUCAGAAAACAUGAAACAUCCCAAAUCCGAGAGGAGGAGAUGUUUUCUAGUAAAAGAUGCUUGGAGUGGUUCUAUGAAUAUGCAGGCUGUGAUGAUGUGGUGGGUCCAGAGGGCAUGGAAAAAUUCUGUGAGGACAUCGGGGUGGAGCCGGAGAAUGUGGUGAUGCUGGUUCUUGCUUGGAAGCUGGAUGCCCAGAGUAUGGGAUAUUUCACCCUUCAGGAGUGGCUGAGAGGCAUGGGCUCAUUGCAGUGUGAUUCGACUGAGAGGCUGAGGAACUCACUUGACUACCUGAGAUCUGUCCUAAAUGACAGCACCAGCUUUAAGCUCAUUUAUAGAUAUGCCUUUGAUUUUGCUCGGGAAAAGGAUCAGAGGAGUUUGGACUUGAACACAGCCAAAUGUAUGUUGGGGCUUCUUCUGGGAAAGACGUGGCCUUUGUUUCCUGUGUUUAAUCAGUUUCUAGAGCAAUCAAAGUACAAAGUCAUCAACAAAGACCAAUGGUGCAAUGUUUUAGAGUUCAGCAGGACAAUCAACCUGGACCUCAGCAACUAUGAUGAAGAUGGUGCCUGGCCUGUUUUGUUGGACGAGUUUGUGGAAUGGUACAAAGAAAGACAGAUGUCAUAACUGCAGCGCAAAAAUGGGAAAGUAAUACAACUGUGACAACAACGACUCUGAGAAUCAAUAACCAAUAAGUAACCAAUACAAAAAAAAGUAAAGGAGUGACUGUGGGUGCUUCCUGGGGAAAGGAGGGGUUUGGGCUGUGGGUGGGCUAGGGUGGGGUUGCUGGGUUUGCAGCCUGCAUGCACGCUGCUCAGAGCGUGGAGGCAGGAGGGCUGCUGUGCUCCCUCCCGAAGUUGCGUAGUGGGCAAGCUUGCAGCAAUCCCUAGUGGCAUUGCUCUCUCACUGUGACAUGUCAUAUUGCUGUCUGUGUUAGGAUAACGUGGUGUCAUACAUGGAUGAUGGAAGCAAAAUGGUAUUGUGUGGGAGAACCACUCCUCACCCCUUGUCUUCAGCACAGAGAAACUGAGAGAAGUGACCAUUCAUGCAUUGUGUCUGAGUCUUAAAUAGGGUCACUUUGACCUGGGCACAUUAAAGUAUUAUACAUCUGUGCAAUGAACUUGAACUUGAGCUUUUCUGGACAGAUAGCACUUAAAUUUUUUUUGUCAUAUUUUGCGUUUCAUAGGAGUACUUCAAGAAGCACACUGUGUCAAAUGGUUGAUUGCAAGUUUCUAUUCUAUUGAUUUGUGCCAGUUUGUAGUUGUUUUUUGUUUGUUUUCUUCUUUCCCCUCCAGUUUUGAUUGCUUCAGCUUUUUUUUUUUUUUGCUUCUAGCUAUUCAUUUGCUAGCCCCCUGCAAAGGCUUCAGACCUCAUAACACCAAACAGUUUAGCAUUGCUGCUUACCAACUCUUAUUACAGUACAGCGGUGAGCCACUAGUGCUCUGAUCAGCAUUUAUUGGUCUGAUGACUGAUUUAUGUAUCUACGUUCUGUAGAUGAGAGUAUUACUGUGCCUCAAAACAUGGAAGUCACUUUGUGUGUCCCACACACAUACCAAUAAAUCCAAAUGUACAUACACGUGUGAUAAGAGUACAUGCACACAGACACACUGAGUGGUCAGGGAUUAUUUCAGGAUGAACUCAGACUGUUUUGGCUGUGUUAUAAGUUGACAUAGAGCUAGUUGGUGUCCAUUUUGUCUUGAUAUGUGGCAUCUGUUUGUCUUCCUUAGUCCACUGAUAGUUUCAGGUCUCCUCUUACCAGUAGCAUCUCUCCCAACACUGACGGUGUUAAUGUAACUGCAGUGGAAGACCGGUGACCCUCUCAGGAUGAGGUCCUUUAGGCUUGAGUAGUAAGGUACGUUUGGUGAAAGUGUUGCUUUGUACCACCCAUAGGAUGUACUCAAAACAGUGGACACUGACAGUUUGGAACUUUGUGAUGAUGCUAUGCUGUUCUUUUCGCCUAGUAUAAUGUUCUUGUAACACAUGUAUAAAUUUUUGUCUUUGGCUGUGAUGUGAUGCUGAAUUGUCAGAAGAUUUAAUAUUUGCAUGCAUGCUCCGACAGAGCCUUUUGUGAAUGGAUGAGAUUUUUUGAAAACAUUUUUCAAACUUUUUGUUUUUGUUUUGUACAGGUUUUUGUGCAAGUGUUUUGUGCUUAAUUUCAUAAACACAAUCAUGUUCUUUAAAUUCUGAUGAUAAACAUGAUUGUGUUUAUUAAGACCUGGAACACACCUGUAACCUCAUGGUGGAACAGGAGUUCCCUCCUGCAUUUACCCUUUGUUACACAUCCUUACAUAUGCUGCAAAACUUUGGCAAACUGCAGGCAAUGCAGACAGUAGCCUGUUUUGCUACUGUUGCACUACAUUGUCAUGACAUACAUAAACGCUUCCAUAAAUCCAUUUCAGUUGAAAACUACACAGAAACCUUUGUCGUCACUACAAUGCAUCAACCAUCAGCAUAAACCUUAAGACUAAAGUAGUUGUAGGAUUGCUUACCAAAUACUGUGUAGAGAUCAGUGGUUUAGUCUUCUCCCUUGAUAAUGCAGGAGGAUGAACAGCCUUGUCCCAACUGUAUAUAUGUAUGUAAACUAUGUGUCUAUAUGUCUGUUUUCACUAUAACCUGUGUCUAUACAAGUAAAUAAAAUGGUUUAUUAACUUA